AGUCUCAAAGUCGGAGGUCAAAUGGCAAAAUAAUUAUAGAAUGAAAACAAGACGGUAAUGAUAAGAAUUCAUCAUUCAAAAUAAAUUGAAUUGUUAGUGCAAAUUAUUUUUACACCAUGGUAAAAAUGCAGGAGGGUUUUGUAAAUAUUAAUAAUGUGCCAACACUAGUGACAACUUUUGGAAGAUGGGUAACUGAUCCUACAGAAAGAGACGAAAAUGAGAUUAUUUUGUUGCUUCCUGCAAAUAAUGGAAGCACAGGAUUCUAUAAACUCUUCAUGAGGAUUUUACAUACAAAAUACCAAUGUCCUGUAUGGGUCGUAGCUAAUUCUGGGCAUGAUUUAAAACCUGGAGAAAAACCGCCUAAAAAAGCACUUGGGUUGAAAGAGCAGACCAAUCAAAAGAUUGCAUUUUUCAAAAAAUAUAUCCCCUUAAAUACUAAAGUAUAUUUGAUUGGCCAUUCAAUAGGUUGUCAUAUGGCUUUGGAGCUUAUGAAAGACCCAAGCAUUGAAGCAAGAGUGUUGAAAGUCUGCAUGCUCUUUCCACUGAUCGAAAGAUUGGAUGAAGGACUGAAAGGAAAGAACAUGAGGAAGUUUGAAAAAUUCGAACCAUUCUUAAUAUUUUUUGCCUGGCUCCUGUAUAUUUUACCUGACAUCAUUUCUGUGAAUUUGAUGAGGGCAGCGAAAGUCCAAGAAAAAGACAUACCCUCUAUUUUAUCGUCAUGUAAUCCAGCAGUUUUAAAACAGGUACUUUUUGUUGCUGCUCAAGAAUCCACAGAAAUAAUAAAAGUAGAUGAAGCGACUAUCAAGAAAAAUAUAAAUAAAAUAAGGAUGAUAUAUGAAAAAGAUGAUGGCUGGUUACCUCCAAACUGUGCUGAAGAUCUUAAAAGAAAGAUUCCCAAUUUAAAUGUUGAGGUUACUAAUUUCAAACAUGCAUUCUACUUUGACGCUAGUCUAGAAUUAGCUGAAAAAGUAAGCAAGUGGAUCUCUGAAGACAAACAAAGAUAUUAUUGAAAGUUGGGGAUAAACAUAUUUUUUAUUCUCGUCGUCUCAGUUCAUGUUUCUGAAAACUGUUUAUUCUCUUAACAUAUUAUUUAUACUAAAAUAGUCAAUUAUUUUUCUUCAUUUUAUUGAUGAAAUUCAACAUAUGAUGUUAAAUAGAAUACAUAGCAAGUCAUAAAUAACUGAUUUUCAAUGAAGAUCCAAAUUCAAUUGUUUGGACUCUUUUUUAAGAAUAGAAACUAUUAAUUAUGGAUAAAUGUCGUGUCUAUACAGCAUCUUGUGCUUUUUUUAGUAAAGAAAAAAUUUGUCGACAUAUCCAGUUAUCAUUCAAUGCUGAUAAUCAAAUGAUGAACAAUUAAUAAAGAUACCUUGAAUAUGAAGGUAUAUCCGACAUGGUGAGUCGAAAUUCAAAAGAAUUUCAAUAAAUCACCGAUAUGGAAUUAUCCUAGAAGUAACUGUUGAGGAUUGCAUACUGAAAAUAAAAAUGACUGAAACCUA